AUGAACAAAGUUUUGAAAUCUCAUAAACACAAUAUCUCCGAUAUAAAUGAACUUCAAGCUACAUUAAAUAGUAAAGCUGAAAAGAACCAUACACAUGAAUCCUUCACUACUGUUAGAGCAGACGACAUAAUAUUGAACUAUACCCUUGGUUCAAGUGCACCUUUAGAGAAUCCAAGUACAAGCGUAAAAGAUACACUAAACUCCUUAAAUAACAGAUGUAUGAACAUUGAAGGUCAUGUCAGAAACUUUGAAACACAUGAACUACCAGCAAUGUUAGAUAAGAAAGCAGAUAAAGAACAUACACAUAACUCCUUCUCAACUGUUGCUAUAGAAAGUAUUGAAGGAACGGUUGACGGAACUGAUGGGGAUGCAUUAUAUUGUAAACCUCCUAACUUUCCACAAGGUUUAACAUCGAAUGAAAACAUAACAACAAAGAAAAACAUUAGAUGUAAAAAUGUUUAUGUCAUGAAGGAUGAAAAUAAUAUUAAAUUCACUGCUCAAGAUUUAUAUGAUAAGAAAGCAGACAAAACAGAGCUUCAAACAUUAAAGACUGAAAUACUUCAAACAUUAUAUCCUAUAGGCUCUAUUUAUACAUCAAUGAACUCAACAAAUCCAGCAACAGUUCUGGGUUUUGGUUCAUGGAAGCAGAUUGUAGAUAAAUUCUUAUACUGUGCUAGAUAUUCAAAACAAGCCGGUGGUUCGAAGAAAAUUAAAGAAGCAAACCUUCCACCGCACACUCAUACAGGAACUACAAACUUUUCUGGCGACCAUAGCCACUCAUUAAGAGACCACCCAUUAUACAACUCAGAGUAUGAAGCUGGCAAUGAUGUUUUAUCUCCAUCUUAUAACAAUGCAGCAAAAAAGAUUUUUCGACAAACUGAACCAGGAGGAAAUCAUACACAUACUUUCACAACAAAUCCAACAGGCUCGGGUGCAGAUUAUAUGCCACCAUUUAUGACUGUAUUCGCAUGGUACCGCGUUCAAUGA